CGCACCAUUGGGCGUCGCAGGCCCCAUGGUGCAGAAGUCGCGCAACGGUGGCGUGUACCCCGGCACUAGCGGGGAGAAGAAGCUCAAGGUGGGCUUCGUGGGGCUGGACCCCGGCGCGCCCGACUCCACUCGCGACGGCGCGCUGCUCAUCGCGGGCUCCGAGGCCCCCAAGCGCGGCAGCGUUUUGAGCAAGCCGCGCGCGGGUGGCGCGGGAGCCGGGAAGCCCCCGAAGCGCAACGCCUUCUACCGCAAGCUGCAGAAUUUCCUCUACAACGUGCUGGAGCGGCCCCGCGGCUGGGCGUUCAUUUACCACGCCUACGUGUUUCUCUUGGUCUUCUCCUGCCUUGUGCUUUCCGUAUUUUCCACCAUCAAGGAGUACGAGAAGAGCUCAGAGGGGGCCCUCUACAUCUUGGAAAUCGUGACCAUUGUGGUGUUUGGCGUUGAGUACUUUGUGAGGAUUUGGGCUGCUGGCUGCUGCUGCCGGUAUCGAGGCUGGAGGGGCAGGCUCAAGUUUGCCAGGAAGCCGUUCUGUGUGAUCGAUAUCAUGGUGCUGAUUGCCUCCAUCGCUGUGCUGGCUGCCGGCUCCCAGGGAAAUGUCUUUGCCACAUCCGCACUUCGGAGCCUGCGGUUCCUGCAAAUCUUACGUAUGAUCCGCAUGGACCGGAGGGGUGGCACCUGGAAGCUCCUGGGAUCCGUGGUGUAUGCUCACAGCAAGGAACUGGUGACUGCCUGGUACAUCGGAUUCCUCUGCCUCAUCCUGGCUUCUUUUCUGGUGUAUCUGGCAGAGAAGGGUGAGAAUGACCACUUUGACACCUAUGCAGAUGCACUCUGGUGGGGCCUGAUCACCCUGACGACCAUUGGCUACGGGGACAAGUACCCUCAGACCUGGAACGGGAGGCUGUUGGCCGCGACGUUUACCCUCAUCGGCGUCUCGUUCUUCGCCCUUCCUGCAGGCAUUUUGGGAUCUGGCUUUGCUCUGAAAGUUCAAGAGCAGCAUCGGCAAAAACACUUUGAGAAGCGACGGAACCCCGCAGCAGGUCUGAUCCAGUCGGCCUGGAGAUUCUAUGCGACUAACCUCUCACGCACCGAUCUGCACUCCACGUGGCAGUACUACGAACGCACAGUCACUGUGCCCAUGUACAGCUCGCAAACUCAAACCUAUGGGGCCUCCAGACUCAUCCCACCUCUGAACCAGCUGGAGCUGCUGAGGAACCUCAAGAGCAAAUCCGGACUCACUUUCAGGAAGGAGCCACAACCAGAGCCAUCACCAAGUCAGAAGGUCAGUUUGAAAGAUCGUGUCUUCUCCAGCCCCCGAGGCGUGGCUGCCAAGGGGAAGGGGUCUCCCCAGGCCCAGACGGUCCGGCGAUCCCCCAGUGCUGAUCAGAGUCUCGACGACAGCCCAAGCAAGGUGCCCAAGAGCUGGAGCUUUGGUGAUCGCAACCGUGCACGCCAGGCUUUUCGUAUCAAGGGUGCUGCAUCCCGGCAGAACUCAGAAGAAGCAAGUCUCCCCGGGGAGGACAUCGUGGAGGAUAACAAGAGCUGUAACUGCGAGUUUGUGACCGAGGAUCUCACCCCUGGCCUCAAAGUCAGCAUCAGAGCUGUAUGUGUCAUGCGGUUCUUGGUGUCUAAGCGAAAAUUCAAAGAGAGUCUGCGCCCCUAUGAUGUGAUGGAUGUCAUCGAACAGUACUCAGCUGGACACUUGGACAUGUUGUCCCGCAUCAAGAGCCUGCAGUCCAGGAUAGAUAUGAUUGUGGGCCCCCCACCCCCUUCAACUCCCCGGCACAAGAAGUACCCUACCAAAGGACCCACGGCCCCUUCGAGAGAGUCACCCCAGUACUCACCUAGAGUGGACCAGAUUGUGGGGCGGGGCCCAACAAUAACGGACAAGGACCGCACCAAAGGCCCAGCAGAGACGGAGCUGCCCGAAGACCCCAGCAUGAUGGGACGGCUUGGGAAGGUGGAGAAACAGGUCUUGUCCAUGGAAAAGAAGAUAGACUUUCUGGUGAGCAUCUAUACGCAGCGAAUGGGCAUCCCACCAGCAGAGACAGAGGCCUAUUUUGGGGCCAAGGAGCCUGAGCCGGCACCACCGUACCACAGUCCAGAGGACAGCCGUGAGCAUGCGGACAAGCAUGGCUGUAUCAUUAAGAUCGUCCGCUCCACCAGUUCUACAGGACAGAGGAACUACGCUGCACCCCCAGCCAUGCCCCCUGCCCAGUGUCCUCCGUCCACCUCAUGGCAGCACAGCCACCAGCGCCACGGCACCUCCCCUGUGGGAGACCAUGGCUCACUGGUACGCAUCCCACCACCUCCUGCGCAUGAGCGGUCGCUGUCUGCCUACAGUGGGGGCAACCGGGCCAGUACCGAGUUCCUGAGGCUGGAGAGCGCCCCAACCUGUAGGCCCCCUGAGGGUGCCCUGCGGGAUAGCGACACCUCCAUCUCCAUCCCAUCUGUGGACCAUGAAGAGCUGGAGCGCUCUUUCAGUGGCUUCAGUAUCUCCCAGUCCAAGGAGAAUCUGGAUGCUCUAGGCAGCUGUUACGCAGCCGUGGCGCCGUGUGCCAAGGUCAGGCCCUACAUCGCGGAGGGGGAGUCUGACACAGACUCAGACCUCUGCACACCAUGUGGGCCUCCCCCACGCUCUGCCACUGGCGAGGGCCCCUUUGGAGAUGUGGGUUGGGCGGGGCCCAGGAAGUGAGACUGGGCUGGGCUGCUGGGCCCCGUGCCAUACCCACUCUUGGUCCUGAUUUGGAGCUGGAGUUCCAGGGCCUCUCCUGAUGUGACAGAAUGUCAUAGAGUAGUGUGGAUUGAGGGGAUGCUUGUGGGAUCUGGCUGUCAGGGCUCAUGUGGAGUGGAGAUGAGGCAGGGCUCCUUGGCACACAUGGUAGCCAUUUUAUAGAAGUUCUUUUCCAACCAAGAGGGGGAGAUUGAGGCGGGGCCCUGGAGGCCCCAGGAGCUACCUAUGAGAGCAAAGCUAGCCCUGCUCAGUCUUCUUGGAAGACAGAUAUCACCCUGUGAGUGAGGACCAGCAGAGGGAUGGUGGCACCUGUGAGUGGGGGUGUGGCUGGGAUCAAGUACGUGGGAGGGAGCGGUGAAGUAGGCCUGUCUGCUGCUGAUGGCCAGUCCUGAUUCCCAGGGGUCUCCCAGCAUAGGCUGGAAGCUCAGGAGGUAUCGUAGGUCGCUGGGAAUGGCCCACUAUCACACCUGACUGCUUAUCCCCCAGUUCCUGACUGCCCCAGUAAAGCAUUACCAGGCCCACUGUGUGUGUGUGGCUAGGAAAUGCCCCUCAUCCCUGGGCAUCUAGCUAGAGAGCUGCUGGCCAGCAUCUUCCUCUUCCAGGUUCUGUGGACCCUUCCAUGGGAGCCGCCCUUAGAUCAGGACCCUUUUCCUGGAGUUGAGGAAGGAAUGAGUCCUUAGGGAUCAACUUGGAGCUUAGAACUGACCCUUGGGCCCCCACCCCUGGCUUCCACCUCUUUGGGGAGGACCCAGCUCACAGCCUUUUUCUGGAAGGGGGUUCUGUGGGAGGUUCUGGCUGCCUCCUCCUGGCACUGUAGCCUGGGAGGUCUGGCUUGGCACUUCAUGGCCUCACUUUUUCCUGGUAUGGCGCUGGUUUCCAGGCUGUAGCCAGUAUGUCAAGAGAACCAUCUGGUGAACAGACCAGCACUGUCCUCAGCACUUGGCUCUACAGAUCCAGGCAGGGCUGGAUGACAUGACAUCGUCAAACUGCCAGCUCUUUCUACAUGAGAGCAUGGCCUCUGUGCCUGGUCAAGGAUCCUUCCCACGGAAGCUGGCCAUCCACAGUUAUUCAGUCACUCUAGGUCCCUUGGCUGUGGCCUCUGAGUGUUUUGGGGAAUUGGGAACACCUUGUCCUCUACUCUGGUGAGCAGGACUCUGUCCAUCUUGUGAGUGGGCCAUCUAGGACCGUGUGGCAGCCAGCUCUAGAGGGAGACAAGGUAGAACCCUCAGCUGUGGUCCUGCAACAUCUGGCACAGGGGUGUCUGGCACCCAAUGAUAUAGCAUUUAGGGACCCCAGUCUCCAUGAGGCAACAGCCGUCCUGGUCAGUGAGGUCAAGGGCUGGAGAACUUGAGCCUGGGAAGAGCUCUACCCACUUCUCCCCCACCCCCCUUUUAAGUGUUCUAGAAGGGGUAGAAGCAGCUUGGGGCCUAAACUCAGCAGGAGGCACCCCAUCCCUGAGGAGAGCUUGAGGUCAUGUCUCUGUGAGGGACCUGGGCAUCUGGGAGCUGUGUCUGCUAUCUGAUGUGGCCUCCAUGUCCUCCAUGUCUCGGCUUCUAGGGACUGCACCUCAGGGUGCCUCUGCUAGGCUCCUGGUUGAGAACUGGUGUCACACUAUGUGCCCCUUGGUCCCCUAGGGCCAGUGCCGUAGCCAGCUCCUUGGUGUGAGAGAUGUCUCUUCCUAUGUGGGCAUGGCGGGCAGUGUAGACGGGAAGAGUAGCCGCCCCUUCACUAGUUUUCUCUUGGAGAGUUGAGCCUGGGCUCAGACCCUCCAGGGCAGAGGGGCACGUACACCUGACCUGGGCAGACCAGCCGCCAGAGUACUCCUCCCCUAGACCUGGGUAGGCCAUAGCUGUCUCAGCUCUAGGGAAUGUGGGAAAGAGGUUUGCAUCUGUCCUAUAUGGUCCACACAGUGUAUCCUGCCUUGUGUGUGUGACCCCACAUCCUACCCCCAGAGCUGUCGUGGAUACAAGAGCCUGGGAUACCCUGAGCUGAGGUUUUAUGGUGUGAAGAACAGGCACCCUCCUUUCCCCAGAAACCCUGACCAUACAGAAUCUGUCAGAAACCCUCAUUUAGGUUACAGUAAAAGAGAGGCAGGCUGUGGCCUGCUCUGCAAAUGAGGAGUACUGGUCAAGGCUGCGGUGUUGGCUACUCAGAGCAAGUUCACCUCGAGGGGUGACAUGGAAACCCCAAUAUGAGAGAUAACCAAACCCCUUCUUGGGGACCUAGACCCAGGCCCGAACAACACAAAUGUCCACUGCCUUGGCAUCCCCACCCUCAGGGAAACAGGACAGGAUGGAGGCUAGAAGCUCCUAUAAGAAAUUUGUGCACUUUCUUGGGUAUUCACACGUAACCAAGUGUGGCUGAAGGCUAGCAGCUGCCCCAUGGCAAAAUUUUUCCCAGAAAACAUUUGUCCCAACACAUUCCCUCACAUGCCUACCAGCACAUACCCAUACACUGGGCAUGUAAGUACUUUCAUCUAUGUAUACACAAAAGCUUACAGUUCACGCUUUCAUAUGCACACACAAGUAUACACACAGAGACACAAGUGAACAUACAGCAGGUGUACUUUCAAAUAUGUAUUCCUUGUUACACACAUACACAUGGAAGCUCACACAGUUUGCCAGACCAUACAUAAAUAUACGCAUACAUAUACACAUACAUAUGAACACACACAUAUAAACAUACCGGCUUAUAGGUUACAUGUUAAUUCCACAUGUGCACAUACAGCAGGUGUCUACUUUUAUACCUGCAUAGUCAUGUAUAUGCACAUGUGCACACGUACACAUAUGAGUAACCUGUAUGUAUAAUGUAUACACACACGUAGGUUUCACCCCCCCCACACACUUUAAUCUUUUUGUCUUUGGCUAUUCCUAAUGGGAGCUACCUGGAGAGGGUACCACAAGAGUUAAGGAUGAAUGUUCUAUGUUGAGCACUGACUGGGUGGGAGUUUCAGUGUCUAGAGCUUCUGGGCAGCAGUGGUAGAGGGGCACCUGGAGCCCACUGAAUUCCCACACUGCCUUCUCCUUGGACUAGCUGGUAGCUGUCAAGAGAGGCUGUGGCUAGGUCAGGGUGAAGCAGUUCUAGUGCUUCCUGAGGUCCAGGUCAGUCUUUGCAUUGGGUCAUUCUUGGUCUUGGCCAGUUCUCAGUGCCCUCCUGUUUACACGCCUGCUUCAUCAUGCCAGGCUGUGAUUGAUGUUUUCGGGCUUGACCUCUUCCUUCCGGACCUUUUCAGUCGGCCUCCAGGAAGUGUACGCUUGUCUACCAGGGCCAGAAUACCCGGGGUGAGGGGCCAUCUGCCGUCCUACGUGUGGUCUGGGCAGACCAAGUGUCCACUAAGCUAGUUACUUCCCUUUCGCCUUUAUGGGCCUCGCUUUAAGUCUGCACUGGACACUAAAUGGGUCUCUUUGGAGGGUACUCUAGGUUGCAGUCAUUCCCAGUCCCUAGAAAUAGGGGAUUCAUAUCCAGGACCAUCUUCCACCAUUAAUGCACUGGUUUAAGGUUUUUUUUUUCCCCUCUUGGGCGGGUGGCUACAGAUUCGGAAUGUGGAAAACGAGGCCAACCUGCCUUCUGCCAUCCCUACUGGGUUUAUCCUGUAUCAGGGGCACUGUGAAGAACACCCUUGCUUUUUGUGGAAAGAAGUGGGCCCAGAGAUGUCUUUAGACCUCAGAGGUGAGAGAAUCUGGGACAGGAAUGCCGUUCUGAAACACCGGAGAUUGCGUCUUUCAGUUUUCUGGCUGUAAGUAGUGCAGAGAGUGGAGGCUAAUACACUUGCUCAUGGCUCAUACCCCAACCCCAACAGGACAACAUGUGGGCCUUUCUCUGAGGCCACAACCUCUUGAAAUAAACAUGAAAAACUUGAACAGUGGGGCCCACAGUAGAAGGACCCAGAUAUCUGGGCACCUUGCAUUCCGGCAGGGUGGGCUGGGGUUAGAGUGGAGAAUCGAUACACAGAAUACCCCUGAAGUCCAAGCUCACAUGGCUGGAAUGAUGUCAUCUGUUCCCAUGAUGUAGAGACAUUGGCCUUCGGCUCACCUGAGACUUCCCAGGGCAUAGGAUGUAGGAUGUGGGGGAAGAGUUCCAAGAAGAGUCUGCAGGCAUGUCUGUCUGUCUGUCUGUCCCAGGUUCCUACUGUGCCCCAGCUGAGCUUCCUGGAGGGGGUAUUAUGAUGGAAUGAGAGUUUCUAGAGAUCCAGGUGCCUCUUCGUUCUGAGGAGUCUUCAGCAUGUGCCCAACACAUGCCUUAGGUCCUAGGUUUAGGGGGCCCAGUGUCCAUGUGAGUAAAUAAAUUGGGGCCACAGUUUGAUGAAUUUUGCUUAUCUAUGAGGUGGUUCUAGCAACGGGCCUUGGGGAGCACCAGGAAUGGGAGUAGAGAGAAAGGAUUGCGUCCUAGGAAGGAGACCCAUGAAACACCUAGAGGUGCCUGGGUUUUGUUUGUUCAGAGCUCUGAUUUGUCUCAGAUGUUCCUCGUGUCCUGGCUGACCUAUAACCCACCCCGAAGCUCCCUAUCUGAGAAGGGGUAGUCCCCAGGCUGUUCUGGGACUCUCAGGCAGGAAUACACAAUGCUAACACCGCACAUCCAAUUGGGACUGGCUUUUACAAAGUUGUUGCCUUAAUGUAUGUUGAGGGAAAUUCACCAAGGUCACCCCUGCCUCUGCCUGAUACAGACACACUGAACUCCACCUCCAGGUCCUGCUACUGGAGAGGAGUGCUGGUACGAUGGGCUGCCCCUAGCAGCCCCACACGGAGGGGCUCAAAGCUGUGAUCCCCUUGACGUCAUCCAUCUCCCUGGGAUGGUCCCAUAUACAGUGCAGCGCACCCUGCGCUUCCAGCCCACACUUACCCAUUGCAGUCUUGUCCCUCCUGGCCGCAGCUGCGGCUGCAGCUUCCCCAUCUGCGCUGUUGCCUUUGGCUGUCUUUGCACUUUUGUUCAUGCUCCAAAGAAUAUUUCAUAAUGCCUUCAUACUGACGUGCACCCUAAACAUUUUGUACGUGCCCUUGGGCCGCAGCAAAUGGCCUUCUCCUUUUGGCCAGCGUGCCGCCACCUGCACACAACGCUGUCUUCUAGGGAUAGAUGCCCAGGGAAUGAACUCUAGUUUUCUAACUGACUAGCUGAAAUGCUAACUUACUCGACAUGAACAGAAUGGCCCUUGUGCUGUGUGAGCGGGCGGGCCAGCGUGUGCUCGCAGGGAACUUCGGGACGUAAUCCCGCAGCAGGGAUGCAUGCAGAAGGUUCUAGAAAGUUCUGCUGCCACAGGGCUGAGUUCAGAUGCCCAGUGGACCUGUGCACUUAGUAAAACAGUGAUUCAACUUGAA